AUGGCUUCCUCAAGCAACCCUACGUCAUCUAACGCAUCUAGGGAUGUUCAUGCCGAGGACGAGUCUCCCCCGCGGCGUUUCACUAGUGAUGGGGUGGAGAAGAAACCGCAAAAGCCUAAACACCAUAUUUAUAGGCAUUUUUGGACAUUCGAGGAUCCGACGAAAAAAGGAUUGCAAUGCGAGUGCCUUUGGUGCGAGAAAUCGUUCGCCUUCAGUGGUAGUCGGUGCACUCAGCAUCUCGCCGAAUGGAACGACGCGAACGUGCGGCGCAAUGGCGGUGUUGUUUGCGCGAAGGUUCCUAAGAGCAUUUCAGACGCCAUUCGCGGCGGGAAGGAGACAAAGAUUACGGCGCGCAAGGAUAAGGAGAGGGCUUUCGAGGCGGCGCUUACUGCGGUGAGCGGCCAUGGCGGAGCGGAACCGAAGGCGAAGAAGGGGCGGAUGGAGGAUUGGUAUGGCGAGGGGGGGAAGGCGGCGAAGCGUGCUGCCGACGAUUCGAUUUGCCUCUUCAUCACGGCGACGCGCUUGGGGGAGACUAUAUGCCAGCACCCCCUCUUCCUCAACAUGCUGCGCGCUGUGAACGCCGCCGGACCCGGCUAUGUCCCCCCCAAGCGUGGUUACGUUGGAGGCGUCGGGCUGCUGGCGUGCAAGCAGCAGAUUGAGAAGGGAUUGACGCCCAUUACGAAGACGUGGAAGGAGACUGGCAUGACGAUCGCAAGCGAUAUGAUGAGGGACAAGAGCGGGCGUGCGCAGAUGAACAUCCUCUGCAUCAACGCCAGUGGAGCGGUUUUCCAGGAGGCGGUCGACUGCAAGGCGGAGACCAAAAGCGGGGCGUUUAUCGUGAGCGUCCUGCAGCCGGUCAUCGAGAAGGUUGGACCGGAGCACGUCGUCACGAUUUGCACAGACGGCGGCAGCAACUACGUGUCCGCCGCCAAGCUGCUGCAGAAGAAGUACCCGCACAGUGAGUACGUCCCCUGCGCCACUCAUCCACAAGUGGACGCGUGCCUUCCCGAGCUGCACGGGGAGGAGAAGUCGCUUCAGCCGCUGCGACCGGCGGGCACGCGCUUUGGGACGCAGUACAUAGCGGUGUCUCGUCUGCGUGAGAUUCGCCCUCAGCUGACGGCGAUGGUGACGCACAAGGAUUGGGAGGAGAAGGGGAGGAAGCAGCUGACUGGGAAAGACUUUGAGGCUUCGGUGUUGGAUGUGGAGUGGUGGGCAAAGGUGGAUACCUUCGUGAAGGUAAUGGCGCUGCCGUACAAGGUGAUGAGGAAGACGGAUGGGCCGGCGAAGGGGAUGAUGGGGGCAAUGUACGACAUGAUGCUGCAGCUGACGGAGGACUUGUCGACGCUGUUGGAGAGUGCGGAUUGUCCGCUCAGCGAUGCGGAUAAGGAGGGGUUGCUGGAGCACUUGAGGCGGCGUUGGGACGAGAGUUUGGCCUGUCCUCUUCACGUGGUAGGCCGGAUUCUGAACCCGGUCAACCAGGAGGAGGGGAUCUAUCUCAAGGACAUUGAGUGCACCAGGGUGAUGAAGGCCUGGCUGUCGCGCUCGAGGGCCUUCGUCGACAAGUACUGGAAGAAGGAUGGCGAGAGGACUGGAACGAUGAUGGCGCUGCAGGAGGGGAUGCUGGCGUACAUUGAGUGCAGGGGGUGCUUUGGGACGGAGGAGGCGAUAGAGGGGCGUGCGCAGCUGAAGGCAGGGAAGGGGGACAUGGCGACGUGGUGGAAGAUGAAUGGCUGGGAGUAUGCCGAUCUGACAGGCCUUGCAAUCCGUGCGGUGUCACAGGUCGUUUCCGCUUCUCCGUGCAAGCGGGGAUGGGCUACGUGGGAUGGGGUGCACACGGCGCGCAGGAACAGGUUGGGGUCGGAGAAGGUGCGCGACCUGGUGUUCGUGGCGCACAACUGGAAGGCUGUGCUCGGCCACCACGAGGGUGCAGUUGUUGCAGGGCCAAGUGGGGAAGUGAGGAAGGCGGGGGUAGUGGAGGGGAACAUUCCCACCCCUCCCCUCCCCGAGGGGUACAUGUUGGAGGAGGAUGGGGAGAGGGAGGUGGACGAGGACGACAUGAUGGUCGAUGAGUACAAGGACCAGGAUGAGAAGGAGAUAGCGAGGAGGACGGGGAUGAGUGACUGGUUGCCUGCAUGCAGUGCUGUGGUGGUAGUUUAA